AUGUCCACUAAAAAACCGAUCACUAUAUUCCCAAUCACAACUUUCAUCUCAGACCUACCUACCAACCUUGUGCCGCAAUCCACUCUAUCAUCUUUCGAAAAUGGCCCUACCAGCGGACGUUUGGUCAUUGUAGGAGAUGUACACGGAAUGAAGAAAUCCCUUGAUGCCCUUCUAGAAAAAGUUAGCUUUGACAAAAGCAAAGGAGAUCAUCUCAUAUUUGUUGGCGACAUAGCCAAUAAAGGGCCUGAUUCCCCUGGCGUCGUUGAUCUGGCCAUCAAGCUAGACGCUAGCGCCGUGAGAGGCAACCACGAAAAUGCAAUUCUUAAUGCGGCCGCGGAUAUCAAAGCUAAAAAAGAAAGUCAACUACAUUCUGGAGAUUUGACUGAUACUCCGGCCUUGUCUGAGAACUCCAAAGCCGACCCACGUGAGGAUACUACUGCCAGAGACUGCGAGAACCCCGAUAAAAACGCAUCUUCUACAUCGCAUACUACAGCACUAGCGCUUUCAAAGCGUCAGAUUGACUGGCUUGCCGCUUUGCCUUUGAUCAUACGUGUUAAGCUACCUCAAGACCUGGCAUCCACCCUCGGCGACACUUUAAUUGUCGUACAUGCAGGUCUCGUUCCUGGUAUCCAACCUGAGGACCAGAAUCCAUAUGAUUUAAUGCAUAUGCGGAGCCUAGUAGGAACCCCGGGCGAGGAGGGUGGACUCAAAUCGGCUGAAAGUCCCGGGGAAGAAAGCUGGGUUGUGGAAUGGGACCAGUGGCAAGAUAAACUAGCAUCCAAGACUACGGUGAUCUUCGGACACGAUGCAAAGCGUCGUCUGCAACAAAGCAGGCAUGCAAUUGGACUAGAUUCAGGGUGUUUAUACGGCCACCAAUUGAGUGCGCUUGUGGUUGGAGCUUCAGAUGGGAAGAUUGAGCAUCGGCUUGUCCAGGUCGAAUGCGCUGAUGUGCCUGUGGUCCCAACUUCGUCUCCGAAACAAGACGACGAGAAAAUGGUUGCGUAA